AUGGUUCAUCACAAGGUUACGAUUAUAGGAUCAGGUCCAGCCGCUCAUACGGCUGCUAUCUACUUGGCAAGAGCUGAGAUUAAGCCCACGUUAUAUGAAGGGAUGUUGGCGAACGGUGUUGCAGCUGGUGGUCAGUUAACCACAACCACUGAAAUUGAGAAUUUCCCCGGAUUCCCAGAAGGUAUUAGCGGCACGGAUUUAAUGGACCGAAUGAGACAACAAUCAAUAAGAUUUGGUACAGACAUUAUAACUGAAACAAUUUCCAAGUGUGAUCUUUCUUCAAGACCUUUUAAAUUAUGGACCGAGUUCAAUGAAGACGAUGAGCCAAUUACUACCGAUGCCGUCAUUCUUGCUACUGGUGCUUCGGCCAAGAGAAUGCACUUGCCAGGGGAAGACACUUAUUGGCAACAGGGUAUCUCGGCCUGUGCUGUUUGUGACGGUGCAGUACCAAUUUUCAGAAACAAACCUUUAGCAGUUGUUGGUGGUGGUGAUUCUGCUUGUGAAGAAGCCUUAUUUUUGACCAAAUAUGCAUCAAAAGUUUAUUUGUUGGUUAGAAGAGACCAGUUGAGAGCAUCAACGAUUAUGCAGAAAAGAGCCAAAAAUAAUGAAAAGUUGGAAAUCUUGUGGAACACUGAAGCAAAAGAAGCGUUGGGUGAUGGCAAACUAUUACAAGCAUUGAAAGUUCACAACAAUAAAAUCAAGGAAGAUUCAGAGUUGAAAGUCAAUGGUUUGUUCUAUGCUAUUGGUCACAUUCCUGCAACUAAGAUUGUUGAGGGACAACUUGAAAUGGACGAAACUGGUUACAUCAAGACCAAACCAGGUACCGCCGAAACCUCAAUCAAAGGUGUGUUUGCUGCUGGUGAUGUGCAAGAUAAAGUCUACAGACAAGCAAUUACUUCGGCAGGAACUGGAUGUAUGGCAGCUUUAGAUUGUGAAAAAUUCAUUGCUGAAUCGGAAGCUUAG